UUCAGCGUCAAUGGUUUUUUCGACGCAUUACUUUAAGUUGCUUUAGAAGAUGCACUAUUCUUCGUUGUUUCUUCAACUGAGUUGCAUGGGACAAGAAUCAAACGCAUAUUAGGACAAUAGUUACGACAAGAGGUUUGUAUGACUACGUCAGGACGAGCAUUACACAAAGAAACUUCGUCAUGUUCGUGAUAACAUAGAGCGACUUUAGCCCAAGAAAGCGAAGGCUUCAAUUCUAUGAUGGAUCAGUUUGGUGAGAGCGUUUCUUCCACUGUUUCAGGGUCAAGGUUACCUUCUAUCAAAACCAUUUUGAUAAGCAAUAAAGAGUUCGUAGAACAGUUUUCUCUGUGCUUGGAUCGAGAAAUGAGAUUGAUACCGAAUUGGAGACGCUUGGCAUCAAAACUGAAAGUCGACUCGGACGACAUCAGACGGUUAGAACAGUACCACCACUUCAGUCCUACCAUCCGAUUAUUUGAAUAUCUUGAGCAGAAUCAACCAGAUUUGACAAUGAGACAUCUGAAAGACGCCUUUUUGGAGAUCAAGAGAAAUGACCUUUUUGGGUCGCUGACCACAGAAGCAAGUUUUGAUGACUCUGAAAAAGUCAAAGACGUUAUUAAAGCUGGUCUUUUAGACGAAAUUGCCCUGGCUUUGGACGGUUCGUCACUGAUUUUGUCAAACUGGAAAACCUUGGCGGUGAGUUUAGGCGUGUCACGAGAGGCCUGCCGGGAACUGGAAAGACAAUCGAUGGAAAGUCCGACAGGAAAACUGUUCCAGUAUUUGGCUACCUCUGUCCCAGAAAUGAAGCUUUCAAGUUUGAAAGAGGCUCUGAGAUCCGUGGAGAGGAAGGAUCUUAUUAAUUUCCUUCAAGAACAGAACAUAGGAGAUGAUGAGCUUCUUAAGAAUGUUAUCAUUCCUGGAUCGGAACUCUACGAAAAGAUGACCCAAGAACUUAAUUGUGAAGGACCUUGCAUCAAAAACUGGACACAUGUGGCAUCGAAACUGGAAAUCCCAUCUGAUGUUUAUCAAAAUUUUGCUGACUUUAAACAAACCAGAAAAAGUCCUACAAAAGAAAUCCUGGAAUGGGUGGCCGCUCGGUUCCCUGAAAAGACAUUAAGUGAUGUUGCUAAGGCAUUAGAUGAGAUUCAGCGAAAUGAUGCUAUUCAGAUAAUAUCAAAGCACUAUCCAGUCACAGUUGAUUCAGCCCUAGAGCAGCUAAGUUGCUCAUUCCAAGAGAAUUUUACAAUGCCAGAUCCAACCGGUCAGGUGCUACAUACUGGUCACAAAAGGGCAGAACAUGGUUCUCGUCUCAGUCAAGAUGUAGAAGUGAAGAAAGGAUUAGGUUGCUAUAGAGGUUUGCCAGAUCGAACAAUUUUAGUGGGCCGCGAUGAUGUUUGCGAAGACAUAGUAAAUGCCUUGUCUUCGGAAAAGGCUGUUGAAAUUUUCGCACCGCCUGGAUAUGGAAAAACAUCCGUGGUAAUUGAGGUGGCUCAUAGGAUGAUUGAAGGUGGAAAGUUCGUGGCAUAUGUUAAACCACGAGGUUUCAACUGUGUGGAGGACUUAGCCAGCAAAAUAGUUGAGGCUUUUGGAUUUUUUCCUGGUGAGAACCCAAUAAGUGAAGUAUUCCAUAGCAUCUCUUCCAUGAAGAGAAAGAAUGGGCUACUGAUUAUUGAGAACAUUGACAACUUGCUGCAUCUUGAGGAUCAAGUUAGCAAUUAUGAUUACCACCAGGAAUUGAAAUCCAAAAAUUACUUCAAGAAAACGUGUGGUAAAUAUACCAAAAACGACUUUCUUACCUUUCUAAAAGACAUAGGACAAACAUCAAAGAUUCAACUUAUUCUUACAUCCAGAGAAACCUAUCAUUUUAGUUCGUAUUUUCCUACGAAACUGAUUGAUUUAAAGCCUCUAAAUGAAGAAGAUUCAGCCUCCAUGUUCACAAAGUGUGAUGAGAGUCUUGACGACGAUGUGAUUGGAGACCUAGUCAGAGUUUCUGGUGGUAUUCCCCGGUUAAUCUGCACACUAAUCUCGACUCUGAUAAAAGAAAAUCCUCAGAUGUUGGCUCAAAGACUUUCCACAUCUUCACCAAGUGCCCUUGUUAAAGAACUGAGCCCUGACUUUCUAGCUGAUGAGGAUCGCAUUGAUAAAUGUCUUGAAAUCUGUUUUGAUCGCUUAAGUAAAGAAAAUCAGAAGAUUCUUGUCGUGACCUCUGCAUUUCCAUACAGAUUCACCAAAGAGCAAUUUGAAAACGUCUUUGGGUCAUCGGUAGUAGAUGAUUUACAAACGUGUCUGAAUUGCCUUAAGCAAAAGAGCCUCCUUCACUACGACAAAAGAAGUUGCCAGUACUUCUUCGAUCGUUUCAUUAGAGAUUUCUAUUCACUGAAGCCUGAUCACGUAGAAGCCAAAUCAACUUUCAUUCGUCACUACAGUUACUUGGCUGUUACUCUUUGCGAAACAUUCUUGACUAAAGAUUGUAAGUCGGCAAUUGAUCAGUACAGAUCUGAAAAGGACAACAUUCGAGAAGCUAUGACCUGUUGUGGAGACGAUCAUUCUGAGCUUGACCAAUCCGUAAGGGAGAGAUGCAUUAAGGCCCUCAACAAGGCAGCUGUAUUUCUUGCGAAAGUGAUGCGCAAACAAGAGUUUCAGUCCCUCUUUUGCAAGCUUGCGUAUCUUUGCCGCUCUCACAUGCAUCUCUACAGCGCUUGCUUGACGAACAUCGGAAUGAAAAUAGUGGCAAGCUGCACAUGUACCCCUCACAUUUGUUCAAGAGCCUUGAGUCAAGCGAAGGAAAUUUUAAUUGAGGCAAAUGACAUUCAUUCCACACUAACGAACGUUAAGGACACCACUCGUGCCCAAUGCUUGAGCAAGCUUGGAUUCUGUUAUGUUCGCGAGGGGCGCAUUGCUGAGGGCUAUGGAUACCUCAAUAAUGCCUUGAAAUUGCGGAAAAAGAGAACAGAGGAAUUAAAGAAGGGCAAAGACCAUGUCAUGUUAGCCGCAUGUUACAACGAUUUAGCAGCUUCUCAAAUGGUGCAACGAAACCACAUGCUGGCUAUCUCUACAAGAGUAGUAAACGUGCUUCCUGUUUAUGAAAAGAUCCUUGGUGACCACCCUUUUACGGCAACCACUCUUAAUUGGAUUGGUAAUAGUUACCACGCCUUGGGUAAUUAUGACAACGCCAUUAGAUACAACAGGAUAUCACUUUCAAUCCGAAAGCAAAUGUUGGGGGAACAUCAGGAAACUGCAAGGUCCCUUUAUGAUCUGGGGGUGGCGUACAGCGCGAAAGAAAAAUAUGAAACCGCUCUCAAAUUCCUUGAAAAGGCAGUCAAUUUACAAGAAAAAGUAUUAGACACACAGGACGAGCUGAUUCACACUCACCAAGCCAUGUCAAUAGCUCUUCGAGGUCUUGGAAGAACGAAGGAGGCAGAAGAAGAAAUGAAUCGAGCGAGAGAGAGUGCGAAAAAGGCCGAUUCGUUGCAGUCUCCUCUAGACAAACUGAAGACCCAAGAACGAGGGUAAUAAGUUGAUCGGUCUGAUAUUCGAUAUAUCAAUUGAAAACAGAUAAUCAAGCUUUUAAUCACCUUGCAGUUUUAGUUGGUUGGUUUUGUGCGUCCGGUCAGUAAGGUGCUAGUCUUAAAAAAUUCUCUCUGUCUUUCUCUGUCCUUUGUCAGGAAUCCAGUUAAUUAACAUAUUAAUCAAUCAGUCGGACUGUUUACUUCUUAGAAGUAAGUACUCACGAUAGUAUCCAAAACACAUGAGAAUUCUUAUACAAGCGACAGAACAAGGAGAGAAAAAAUUAACUUACUUAACAUGACGUACAAGGAUUGAUUUUACAAUCAUCGAUUUCUACACACUAUGAAGGUAAAAAAUUGAUCUCUUAAGGCAUUUUUUUGUUAAUUUAUUUUUGUUUCGUUC